AGAAGGAGGAAUUGAGGGUGAAACUACAGGUAAAUCCGCUGGGAAAAAAUCUCUUGACGGUGGUGCUUCCAGAAAUAAUGGAAAAAUUUCUGGUGGAGCCGAAAAAUCACGAAAAAACAACGAUAAUCAGCUCGAAUUAGGAAAUAAUAAUAGAGUUAAUACUGGAGGAAAAAUUGCUUUUUCAAACAAUCAACAGCCACCAACCUCUAGUGGAUAUGAUCCCUUGACAGGUCAUGAAGGCUCCCAGCAAGCACUCCGUCGCUCGACACCCCCUGAAAUAUAUAAUAACCAGAAUCUCACUAGAGAGCUUAAAAAGAUUGAAGAUAGUUUGACCAAUAAGAUUGGGAAAAUGUUUGGCAAAGAAAUGGAGAAACAAUAUCAAAGGUUGGAAGAAGAACGCAAUGCUCAUCAAGUGGCUGAAACAGAGCGUCAAGAGGCUAUUCUCCAAAUGGUUUCCAAGUCUCUCACAAAUAAUACUUCCAAGCUCUUAGAAUCGACAAUUCGAAGUGAAAUUCAAAGUCAAGUCGUCCCAAUGUUAAAUAAAUCGGUGGCUGCUUCGGUUGAUAAGCAGGUUAAUAGAGGAAUGGUUGAAGCGAUUAAUAAGAGUAUUCCAGCGGCUAUUGAUAAAGCUGUGACGGAAAAUGUCCAACGAGUUCUCUCAAAAUCUUCAGUAAUAGAUUCCAUAGCAAAGAGUGUCUCCAAGUCCAUGAGACCAGUCAUUGAAGAGAUAUUCCGGGAAAAUUUCACCAACAUGCUCAUUCCGUCAUAUGAGAAAGCUACCAACGCUAUGUUUGACCAGAUUCAUCGGACUUUUAAUACGGGCUUACAACAAAUUACACAAAAAUCAUCGCAGUCUGGCUCAAGUGUUGAUGCUAACGCAAUAGCUAGACUUCAAGCAUCAAUUGAUCAACUUACAGUGUCGAUGUCACAAUUACAACAAGUUCAACAAUUGCAAGCAAGCAUGCAAGCAAAUCUCAUUAGUCAAUUGACCGCUCCUCAUACUGAUCAACAACAAACUGCGCGUUCGCUUUCUGGGGAACUGAAACGAAUAUUAAUUCCUGGUCCGUCACAAUCAUCAGGAAUUACUCAAGAACCUUAUAAUUAUCCAUCU